GAAACGCGUGAACGUGUUCGGGUCGCGGCUCGCGAGUCGCAGCACACCGCCAGUCUCGUUCGGCAGACCGUCAUUCUCCUCGAUUGGCUUCCCGCCCAGCUGCGCUCGUACCACCCCCGCAGGCCGUCCUUCGCCCCAGCAGCCGCCCCCUACCCAUCUCGCCCGCCUUACGCCCCCGUCACCAUGCCGCCUCGCGGGAGUGAGGGUCUUGACUUCACCCCGAUCCUCACGCACUAUCUCUUCCUCUUCACAGCUAUCCUUUCGGUGGUAGGAUGGUUUUUGGCGUUCAUCGCGCAAGCCAUAGCAACCGCUAACUUCGGCCAUGGUGCCGUCGGCGUACUAUGGUUCUCCAUUUUCCUCCAGCUCUUCCUCAUCCUCGGCGUCAUGCACACUCUGGCCAGCGACUCCAUCGCUAUGCACCGGUUCCAAAUAUCCAUAUUCGGCGCAGUAGCAAUCGUGUUUGCCGUAAUCGGCGUAAACGAGGGCAUUUUCUCAGGACAUGCGUCGCUCGACGCCAUGGCCGCUGGCUGGCUCAUUCUUGCCGUGGUCGACAUACUCUGGGUGCUAUACUUCACGUCGGAAGAGGACUCGCUCGUGCUGCACAUUUUCAACUCGCUCGGGACAGGCGGCCUCACCCCUCCUUCACGACGUCGCAGAGCCGCGCGCACAACCUCCAUGCACACCAUGGGCGCAGGUAACGGUUACCAGGCAGGCUUUGGCUCCACGCCCGGCGGAAUGGCAACUGGUUACGACACCAAGAUGGCAAGCAGCCUCGGAGGACCUAUCGGGAGUGGAAAUAGCUUCAAUGCCGGAAGCGUGGAGGGGCCUCCGCGCAGCAUUGCCGGCACAGGCAGCAUAAACAACGUGCCUGCUGGAGGAGGAGGACCCGGGUCCGUAGGCGGAGGCGAUAUUGGCUUGUCUGCGAGCUCGCCUCUGAUGGGCGGCAACGCUGGAGUAGGAUCUGGUGGUGGACCUCCCUUGCCAGGCACUCCAGCGGGAGGUGAGGCGAGUAUGGAUGAUGGCCCUCUGUACAAGGCGAAGGCUCUGUAUUCAUACAACGCAUCGCCUGACGAUCCGAAUGAGAUAUCUUUCAACAAGGGCGAAAUCAUGGAGAUCAUCGACAAACAAGGCAAAUGGUGGCAAGCGAAAAAGGUGGAUGGCUCUGUAGGAAUUGCGCCAUCAAAUUAUCUACAGAUAGUAUAAUCAUGGACGCUUAUUUAUAUCCCAAUCUUGCUGCUACGAACAGCCAUGACAUGAUGCUAUCCGUACGCUACGUCUAUCUCGUUCGUCCUGGCAGGCCCCGAGGUUCCUUGUCCAUGUUCUUGCGAUGGACGUCUUUCUCUUGCUUGCCUCGUAGCCUUUCCCCUGCUCUGUAUCUCGCUGUUGUCAAGGUCGCUUGAUUUGUAGAGUAGUUCCUUUUGAUGGCAUGGAAUCUUGGGGUUGACCCAGUCUCAGUCGUACAAACGCAUGGCGCUUGGUCCGUCAGCUUGGUCCGUCGGUGCA